AUGGCCACUACUUCAAACUUCUCUAAAAAUGAUACGGGAGCCUCACAUCAUAUAACACCUGAUCAAUCACACUUACUUUCUGCCUCAGAAUUUACAGAUCCAGAUCAGGUGUUGUUAGGAAAUGAAAUAGCUUCGAUUCUCUACUUGUUGAGAUUCGAUCAUCUGCUUGUUGAGCUUCGAUCCUCUACUUCUCUUUUCGUCGAGCUUCGAUCCUCUCUGCUCACGUUCAUCACCGCCAGUCAUUGUUCGAUUAUCACUGCUCAUGUUUUUGGUGAGAUUCUCAUUUUUGGCAUUCUUCUGCAGGCUGCUUUUCUGUCAGCUUUGGUUGGAUCAGAGGUUGCAUAUUCUGCUGCACAAGCUACAGUGGCAACUCUCUCGGAGGCUUACGAAACAACUAAAAAUCAUCGAUCAUUCCCAAGAAACACAUCACUACAAGGCAGUGGAAAUUCAUGGCUGCAACACGGUUUUAAUUCAACAAAUACUUUUGGCAUCAAUGAAUACAGGCAAGGUCCUUUAUAUUCCGUAUUCCCUACGAAACCGGCUCAAGUUUCCUCUGUGCAGGACCUUUUUGAGUUUAUAUGCUCAGGGCCUUUGCUAGAAAAAAUAGGUGUGACUGCAGAAAUGGUUGCAGAGUACAUAGAUAAGUGGUUGUUAUACGGUCGGCUGCUAUCUCAAUUGUUUCAGUUGAACGAGUUGUACUUAACGGUGCCUCAAAAAGCUAGGAUCUAUCAAUAUUAUAUACCGGUCUUCCUCUGGUGUGAAGAUCAGAUUAAGCAACAUUGGUCGACAUUCAAAAAUGAAGAAGAUGUACCUCCUUUAGUAAUUGGAUUUAGUGCUCCCCAAGGUUGUGGAAAGACGACCCUUGUCUUUGCUCUUGAUUAUCUUUUUCAGAAGACUGGCAGGAAGUCGGCAACAAUAUCUAUAGAUGACUUUUAUUUGACGGCUGAAGGUCAGGGUAAACUAAGAGAAGCUAAUCCGGGAAAUUCCCUUCUUGAGGUAGUUAUCCACAUGAUUUGUCGAAGAGUAGCUGAUCCUUCAACUUGGCCAGAGGUCGAAGGACCCCUUACGGUUGUGUUAUUUGAGGGUUGGAUGCUCGGCUUCAAGCCUCUUCCUACGGAAGUUGUGAAGGCUGUUGAUCUUCAGGUCAGAACUAGAAAUUCAUAUUUAGUUUUCCAUGGGGAGGGAAGCUCACAAGUGAAUCUAUAAAGUUCUUUUCACCAAUUGUCAUUUGGACAAAGUUCAAUUCAAGCCCAGAAAAUUAUGAAAUUCUAUAUUCUGCAUUCAAGGAUUAUUACAAGGUAUGAUUGGAGUUGGUAAGCAAAUCCGUUAAAGAGACUGAUGAAUCCCAGAUUUCCCGGAAUCUCGAAGCUCAACAUAGAUAUCUGGUGUGGAGAGCAGAAAAGGAUCCUGGACAGAGUGUUUUGAAGAAACUGAUUGGGGAAACACUUGCAAAGGUAGACCAAAUUUGAGGUGCCACAUUGCACAAUAACCACAACUGCAAUUUGAAGCAUUGGUGUGGUCAGUUUCAGCUUGUUCCUUUGUCUGCUUUGAUCCUUCCUGAUGUUACUAUGCUGUAUUAACAGAAGCCACCUGCAGAUACCUCUGUUACCAUUCUUCCACUAAUGUCUCUUAUAUUGAUGGAAAUCACCUUGCCAUUGAAGUUUAACGAUCAACCCGAAAUCGCAAAAUAUUAAUUAGUUUCAGCUUGUAUUUGGUCAAUCUAUGACAUCUUUUUGAUAAAUAUUAAUUACUAUUUUGUUAUGACAAUUAUUGUUAGACAAGAAUUUUAUUAUUUUGUUGAGAAUUAUUGAUGAACAUGUAUUUGAAAUACUAAUUGAACUUUUUAA